AUGAAGCGCGUCCUUCAGAAAACCUCCGAACACCUUGCGGACCGAACCGGUCCACGCAUUUGUGUCCUCGGAGACGAACUCGCUGGGUUAGCGACCGCUUUUCUGCUGCGGGAAAAGCUACCACACGCGGAGGUGUUUCUGAUUGGUUUUAGCUCUGGUGUGAAUCGCCGGGUCGGGUCACGAAGCGAGUGGUUCCGGGCGAGGACGGGGAGAGAUGUUGCGGAUUGCCAACAGCGCGCUGCUGAAGGCGAAUAUGAAGCAACGCGAACGCGAGCCGGUACCCUUCAUCUGCAGCAGCUGUGCGACAGACCUGGCAGGAGCACUGUGCCUCCUUCACC